AUACACAGUUGCCGUUCUAUGUUGCGUGUCCAUGAUGGUGACUCGCAAAACCUCUUGAAUGCCCGUUCUAACCUUAAAUUUGUGGUCGAUCGGAGAAGAAAUCGAGUAUUUGCUUUGUGUAUCUGUUUAUAAAAUAAGUGAAUAAAAUGCCGGAGAGCACGAAAACGGAAGCGAAACCAGUUAAAGAAGUGAAGAACGGCAAGGAAGAUGAUAAAAGUGAAUUGUCAGAAGAAGAUAAACUUCUGCAGGAGGAGUUAACCUUGCUUGUGGAGCGCCUGCAGGAUGCCAACACCAAAUUGCAUUAUCCUGCCUUGGAAUCAUUACGUUCACAUAUUCGUGCGUCAACAACGUCAAUGACUAGUGUGCCAAAGCCAUUGAAAUUUAUGCGACCUCACUAUGAUACUAUGAAAAACAUACAUGAAAAAAUGACUAAUAUCAAAUGUAAGGAAUUAUGUUCGGAUAUCAUUUCGGUAUUGGCAAUGACUAUGGGCGAAGGUCGGGAAUGCUUGAAAUAUAGGCUCACUGGCUCGGCACUAGCAAUUGGUGAAUGGGGACACGAAUAUGUUAGACAUUUGUCUGGAGAACUGGCUGGGGAAUGGGACGAAGUCACGGGUGAUAAUGUUGAAGCAACGAGCGAGAAACUAAUUGCCCUUGUACAUGAAAUUGUUCCUUAUAACAUGUCACACAAUGCCGAAACAGAGGCAUGCGACCUAUUAAUGGAAAUUGAAAGACUGGAUUUGUUAGACCAAUAUGUCGAUGAAAGCGCAUAUCAGCGAGUAUGUCUCUAUCUUACGAGCUGCGUAUCAUAUGUAGCCGAUCCGGAAAAUAGCACUCUCCUUCAUGUUGCUUGCAAAUUAUACCGAAGAUUUGGACAGUAUCCACAAGCGAUUAGACUGGCGAUGCAGCUGAAUGAUUUACCACUCAUUGAAUCGAUUUUCACAAACUGUCGAGAUCUCUCUGUGCAAAAGCAACUUGCAUUUAUGCUAGGUCGCCAACAAAUCUUCUUGGAACUACACGAAACUACGAUAGAGGAUGAUGAUUUAUUCGAAAUAAUGUCCAAUUCUCAUUUGAAUAAUCACUUUCUGAAUUUGGCGCGUGAGUUGGACAUAAUGGAGCCGAAGACACCUGAGGACGUUUAUAAAUCUCAUCUGGAGAACUCGCGACCGCCAUUUGGCGGCGGCCAGGUUGAUUCAGCGCGCCAGAAUCUAGCGGCAAGCUUUGUUAACGGCUUUGUCAACGCUGCAUUCGGCCAUGACAAACUGCUGAUUGAAGACGGUAAUAAAUGGCUGUACAAGAACAAGGAGCACGGCAUGUUGAGUGCGACCGCAUCGCUUGGUUUGAUUCUACUGUGGGACGUCGACGGUGGUUUAACACCAAUUGAUAAAUAUCUUUAUUCAUCAGAAGAUUACAUCAAAUCAGGUGCUUUGCUGGCUUGCGGAAUUGUCAAUUGCGGCGUGAGAAACGAAUGCGAUCCUGCAUUGGCUCUGCUCUCCGACUAUGUGUUACACAGCAGUAACACUAUGCGCAUUGGCGCCAUUGUCGGCCUCGGUAUUGCAUAUGCCGGUUCCAAUAGGGAAGGUGUACUGGGUCUACUGACGCCGGUUCUCAGUGACCCCAAGUCAAGCUGGGAAGUAUUGGGUAUGACUGGUUUGGCAUUGGGAAUGGUCGCCGCCGGUUCCUGCAAUGCUUACGUCACCACGGCAAUUAUGCACACGUUGAUGGAUAAGUCGGAGUCUGAUCUUAAAGACACAUACGCACGAUUCUUGGCGCUCGGAUUAGGAUUGUGUUUUCUGGGUAAGCAGGAAGCAGCAGAAGCGAUUAUAGCGGCCUUGGAGAUUGUACACGAACCAUUUAAGUCGAUGUCAACGACAUUGGUAGAGGUAUGCGCAUACGCCGGAACGGGAAAUGUCCUCAAGAUUCAACAUUUAUUGCAUAUCUGCUCGGAGCACUAUGAACCGAGCAAUGAGAAGGAGGAAAAGAGCGAACGUAAAGACAAGGAUAAAAAAGAAGAGAAAAAAGAGGAGAAAGAGAAGGAUCUCAGCUCUAGGCAGGCUAUUGCCGUUCUUGGCAUCGCUCUGAUCGCCAUGGGAGAGGAGAUUGGCGCCGAGAUGGCUUACAGGACCUUUGGUCACCUUCUACGUUAUUGUGAGCCUGUGAUUCGCCGGUCGGUACCACUCGCCCUUGGCUUAAUUUCGGUGUCGAAUCCGAAAUUGAAUAUCCUGGACACAUUGUCCAAAUUUUCGCACGAUAGCGAUCCUGAGGUAGCACAUAAUGCGAUAUUCGCCAUGGGUCUAGUCGGUGCCGGUACAAAUAAUGCACGAUUAGCUGCCAUGUUGAGGCAGUUGGCUCAAUUCCACGCAAAAGACCCGAACAAUCUCUUCAUGGUGCGCAUUGCGCAAGGCUUAACACAUUUGGGUAAAGGUACGCUCACUCUAUCGCCCUAUCAUAGCGAUAGGCAACUGCUCAGUCCCGUUGCUCUAGCCGGUCUCCUGUCGACACUUAUUGGCUUCUUGGAUGUAAAAAACAUUAUCCUCGGACGUUCACACUAUCUUUUAUACACACUGGCUGCUGCGAUGCAACCCAGAAUGUUAGUGACAUUCGAUGAGGAUUUGAAUCCAUUGGCUGUGCCAGUGAGAGUCGGACUUGCCGUUGAUGUCGUUGGCCAAGCGGGCAAACCUAAAACCAUCACGGGCUUCCAAACGCAUACCACCCCCGUAUUGUUGGCGUACGGUGAAAGAGCAGAACUCGCUACCGAGGAGUACGUACCAUUGACGCCGAUCAUGGAAGGUUUUGUAAUUUUAAGAAAGAAUCCAGACUUUAUACCUUAGUCGUAUCGUAUUUUGUCGAUGUACCUUGUAUUGAAUUACUUAUAAGGCAAAAUAAUAUAAUAAAAGUAUCUCAUUCAUUUUACAUAUGCGAAAUGGACACGACAUCCUCCAUUUAUGUCCCUCUCUACAGGAUUGAUAUUCACGGUGUUUUUCAUUGCAUUACAUAGGAAAAAAUACAAGGCAAUGAUAUACUCCUUAUUUAAUAGUAAAAUGCAGACUCUUUAAUAGUAAAAAAAAUACUGAUAUAAUGUAUAAAAUCUCGCUCGGCACGUAUCUUUGUACGUAGUACAUGUCAAUAAAAAAAGAUCAAUAUAAAAAACGGUAUUUUACAACUGUAUUCUUAAUAAUAAUAUAUUGACGGACAUUAGCUUUGUAAGUACCAAUCACGAUGAUAUAAGCACAUUUCAUACAAUUGUCGUAAUAAAUCAGACCUGCACAACUCGCUAAAUACGAGACAAACUGAACUGUUGCUAGUAGGCACGGUUUUUCUUUAAAAGCGUCGUAUACUAUCGACGAUACGUGUAGCAGUGAAUGUUAAAAUAUUUAUUUAGUCACUAUGUCUGACUUGCUGCCUGAAUCAACUAGUUGUGCAGAUCUGGUACAAAUUACAUCUUAACAUUUUCUAUUUUUUUCGGUAUCUUUUUUAAUUAAGAACCAUAGAAAAGCCUAUGAUCAUGUUAAUUUGUUAAAAUAUACGUAUUGCGCGCGCGCGCCAAAAUGCGUAUAAACGAAAGUGUAUCGUAUUUUGUCAAUAAAAUGCUUUAAUCAUAAAA